AGAAGAAGAAGAAGAAGAAGGAAAUGUCAGACUCGCCGAGUUCUUCUCCACCAGCACCGUCCGCCGAUUUCGCUCCAUCCGGGAAGACACAUUUCACCUAUGAAGAACUGACGGACAUAACAGAAGGAUUUUCUAAGCAAAACAUACUUGGAGAAGGAGGGUUUGGUUAUGUCUACAAAGGGAAGGGAAGGCCUGUCCUUGAAUGGGCUAGGAGAGUCAGAAUCGCUAUAGGUUCUGCCAAAGGUUUGGCUUAUUUGCAUGAAGACUGUCACCCAAAAAUCAUUCACAGGGACAUAAAGUCCGCAAACAUCUUGCUGGACGAUGAGUUGCUGACUUCGGACUUGCCAAACUCAAUGAUUCAACACAAACUCAUGUACUUGGCACCAGAAUAUGCACAAAGUGGAAAUCUGACUGAUAAAUCAGAUGUUUUCUCGUUUGGGGUUGUUCUCUUAGAGCUUAUUACCGGACGCAAACCUGUUGACCAGUACCAGCCUCCGGGAGAAGAGAGUUUGGUUGAAUGGGCUCGUCCACUGCUUGACAAAGCCAUUGAGACCGGCGAUUUCAGCGAACUAGUUGAUAGACGGCUUGAAAAGCAUUACGUGGAGAAUGAAGUUUUCAGAAUGAUUGAAACGGCUGCUGCUUGUGUUAGGCAUUCUGGUCCAAAACGUCCACGCAUGGUUCAGGUUGUGAGAGCACUGGAUAGUGAAGGGGACAUGGGAGAUAUCAGCAAUGGAAUCAAAGUGGGACAAAGCAGUGGUUAUGAAUCUGGUCAGACUAAAGUUGCGAUAAAGGACAUCGGGUAUACUUUAGGAAAAGGAGUGGUAUCAGGGACGAUGUUGCUCACACGUGUGAUGUAUGAUGCUUAUCAGAAUCGGCACGAGAGAAGGAAACACGAGAGUAAGAAGGAGUCUGAUAUAAAUAAGAGAAGAGGUGCAUCUUGAAUUAAGUGGGAGGUUAAUCGCUAUGAGACUGCGGUGGGGAGAGAAGAAUUUGAAGGGAUGCUGAAGAUUCUGAUCUCACUUUUCAUAACAACUUUACUUACUUGAAAUUGAAAUAAAUUAAGUAAUUAACC